ACGUGGGUUGUCUCGGAGUUUUCCCGCGCUGUCCCCAGCAUCAAACACCACACUGGUGUUCAGCCUUAAACUCUAAUAAUCCAGCUACUGGUUUAUAGUUUUACGUUGAUAUCGGGGCACUUACAGUGUUAUAAUGCCGUCCUCUGACUACGACCCGGCCUGUCUGCCGGACUUGUUGCCGCUGUACUACCGGCGGCUGUUCCCCUUCUCCCAGUAUCACCGCUGGCUGAGCUACGGAGGAGUGCAGAAGAACUACUUUCAGAACCGAGAGUUCUCGUUCACACUCAAGGAUGACAUCUACGUUCGCUAUCAGUCAUUCAGCACGCAGACAGAGCUGGAGAAGGAAAUGCAAAAGAUGGUUCCUUACAAGAUUGACAUUGGAGCAGUGUACAGUCACAGGCCUAACCAGCACAAUACCGUGAAGUCUGGGAGCUUCCAAGCUCUGGAGAAGGAACUGGUGUUUGAUAUCGAUAUGACAGAUUACGAUGAUGUCCGAAGCUGCUGCAGUGCUGCAGAUAUUUGCUCCAAGUGCUGGACACUGAUGACCAUCGCUAUUCAUAUUCUGGAUAGAGCUCUUCGAGAGGACUUUGGUUUUCAGCACCGGCUGUGGGUUUAUUCUGGCAGAAGAGGAGUGCAUUGUUGGGUGUGUGAUGAAGCUGCCAGGAAACUCUCUGCAGCAGGACGCUCUGCUGUGGCAGAAUAUCUCAGCCUGAUCAAGGGUGGCGAUGAGACUGUGAAGAAAGUAGUGCUGACGGAUCCUAUUCACCCUUUUAUCCAGGGGUCUUUGGACGUGGUGGAGAGAUACUUUGUAGCAUACGCAUUACAGGAACAGGACAUAUUGGGCACCAAGGAAUCUGCAGACAAAGUUCUCGCUCUCGUACCUGAAAAUUUUCGAAAGGAAUUACAGGAGGAUUUCAAAAAGGAGAAGAAACCAGAAAAGCGCUGGAAUCUUAUCAAAGAACAAGCCCAACAGAGUACUGGCAAAAAAUGUCGGCACUUUGAAAAAGAAAUCAUGCUGCAGUAUUGCUACCCUCGGCUGGAUGUCAAUGUCAGUAAAGGCGUGAACCAUUUGCUGAAGAGCCCCUUCAGUGUCCAUCCCAAAACUGGGCGUAUCUCGGUUCCCAUUAACCUCAGGGAAUUGGAGGACUUUGAUCCUUUUGCUGUGCCCACAAUUAACCUGAUUUGUGAGGAGUUGGAUCGGCUCGGAACAGGAGAAGAGGAAGAAAAGACAGAGGACCCCACAGAAAAGGAAGAUGAGAAACAAACAGCGGAGAAGAGGAAGAUUCGAGAUUUCAAAAGAACCAGUCUGGCACAGUAUGUGAAAUGCUUUGAUCAGUUUCUAAAUGGACUGGCUCGCUCGUGGAAUGGAGAACUUCUCAAAAAGAGUGAUCUUCAGAAAGAAUUCUGACCUGGAUCAACAAAGCACAGACUCUGCUGAAGAUGAAUUGUUUAUAGAGCUCUAUAAUUUAAUGUAGCUUGUGAUGUAAACCUGGGGUCAAUGUUUGAGGUAACAAUUCAUAUUUUUCCUACUUUCUCAUUGUAGAAUUUUUAAUUUCGAUGUGGCAGUUUUGUUAUUGACUUGUUUCUCACCUUUUGGUUUUGUAUGGGCAUUUUUGAAAAUAAAUAUUUUUUUUUCUUCUAUAAAA